AUGAAGUUUCCUUUCCUAUCAGCGGCACAUCUGUUGCUGUUUUACCUGGUUCCGCUAUUGAUCGAUUUGCGGCACAGUUUUGUGCGGGCCGGUGACAUCAUCGACAUUACCAGCACCGUGUUUGACAAGCUGACCGAUGCGAUUCCGGCCGCGUACGGCGAUUUCAACUCGGACGAACUGACCGAUGUGUUCGUGCUGCGAAACAACUUCCACACGCUGCAAAUACUGCUCGGCAGCGACGACAAACCGUUGCUGAAGGAAGGGCCAAAGUGUGAAUACAAACGGCACAAGAUUACCAGCAUCGUACCGGGCGAUUUUGAUGGUGAUGCGUACAUGGACGUGAUGUUUACGGUACAACCGGAAGGCGGUGACGACGCACGCACGCAUGUGUACAUCAACUGGGGUGCAUCGGAGGAAAUGAACUGUACCGCGGAAGACGAGAAGCCACUGAUCGAGAUGAUUGGCCAACCGUUGGCGUUGGAUUACGAUAACGAUUUCAUCAUUGAUCUGUUCGGGACGGAUCUGGAGCGGAAGCGAACGUUCUGGAUCUUCAAAAAGCCGGAUGAUCAAGGACAGCGGGGCCAGUUCACAGUGCAGAUGGAAGGAACACACGGGGCGGAGCUGUCCGUACCCCAUUCGCAUGCCGUGCUCGACCUGAACAAAGACUUUACGGCGGAUCUGUUUCUCACCACGACGGCCGGGUUCGAGGUAUGGUUCGGUGUGAACAGUCAGGCCAAGUUUCGAUUCAGCCACAAGAUUGACUUCCCGGAGGGAAACUAUAACAAGCACGUGGGGCGCGCCAUCUUUCUGGAUGUCGAGCUCGACGGUAGCUUGCUGCCGGUGUUUCCGAUGUGCUUCGAUGCCAAGUGUGUCAACUCGAGCAUCAUCGUGCACCACGGCAAUCAUCUGCACGAUCUGCAGAUCGAUUUCAAGGACGACCAUAAUGACGCGUGGCAUUUCGUUGUGCCGGACCGGUCGAAUUGGGCCACGCAAAGCAUCACCUUGCGCGGCGGAGACUUUAAUCUCGACGGCUAUCCGGACCUGCUGGCAACGCUCACCAAAUCCGGUGAUCAGAUGCAAACAUUCCUGCUGGAGAAUGUACCGUGCGAGAAGAGCGCCUGCAACCACAUGACGCGCACGUUCGUCGUCCGAUGGAAAGCGCUGGCUCCAUUCUCGAACGGUACGAUGAUGGGGUCAUUUUUCGAUUUCUACAACGACGGCAUACUGGAUGCGAUCUUUGUCGAACGGUACGGCAAUGGGACGCGUCCGGUUGCCUUCCGCAAUUCACUCGAUUACGAUGCAAACUUCGUGAAGGUGAUCGUACUGACCGGGCUAAGCAAUAGCAGUGGGCCAAAGAUUUUGACACCACUAGGGCGUAAAAAGCGUACGUUCGGGACGAAUCUACCGGGACCACGGAUCGAAUACAACACCACCACGCAGGACGGUGAACCACAGCACGGUGCAUCGGCCCAGCUUCCGCAGUCCGCCUACCUAUCGCUUCAUCUUCCCUUCACCACGUUUGGGUUGGGACGGACGCCCAACUUCGUCGAUUCGCUCACGGUGGGGUUGUGGAAUCAUUCGCGCACCUGGACACAGCUGAUACCGAACUCGCAGAUGAUCGUGGUACCGAACCCGAUCGAUGAACCGGAACGCUGGAAGGCGCAGCUGUUCGUAACACCGAGCAAGCUGAUCGUGAUGAGCGUGAUCGCACUGGGUGUUAUCUGUCUCGUGAUACUGCUGCUUAUUCUCAUCCUGUACGCGAAGGAAAAGCGCGAAGAUCGGAUACAGCGAUCACUGGAGGCGCAUCGGUUCCAUUUCGAUGCGAUGUAA